AUGGAGCGCAAGGGCCCGCGACUAAUAGAAAGGAGUGGGAAGAGGCUCCAGUUCCUGCUUGGAUUUACUUUUGGCAACCUGGUUGGAAUGUAUCUGGCUCAGAAUUAUGACAUACCAAACCUGGCUAAAAAACUUGAAGAAAUUGCCCUGGAUUUGAAUGCCAAGAAGAAACCCCCUAGUUCAUGA